CUUCGCGACUGCAAUGACGUCAUUGGCGUGCGACGACACCAUAGUAGGUUUAUUACAUGAGUUCUUUAAAGAGCGAUAAACGAUGACAACAACUCUAAAACAAGCUUUAAAAACCCACUUUGGGUUCGACAACUUCCGAUCUAAAGUGCAGGAGGAUGUCGUUAAAGUAGUAGUUAAAGGUGACAGGGAUGUGUUUGUGUGCAUGCCCACUGGAGCAGGAAAGUCCCUCUGUUACCAGCUGCCUGCUGUCAUGGCCGAGGGUAUUACUCUGGUUAUAUCCCCGCUGAUCGCCCUCAUCCAGGACCAGGUGGACCACCUGAGGAACCUGAACAUCCCCGCCUGCUCCAUCAACUCCAAGCUGCCAGCGGCCGAGCGCCGUCUGAUCCUGGCCGACCUCGGGAGCAGCAGCCCCAAGCUGAAGCUGCUGUACAUCACCCCCGAGAUGGUGGCCUCUCCCUCGUUCCAGCCCUGCCUGAGCGGCCUGUGCUCCCGCGGCCUGCUGUCUUACCUGGCUGUGGACGAGGCUCACUGCGUCUCCCAGUGGGGCCACGACUUCAGGCCGGACUACCUGAAACUGGGAGAGCUGCGCGGGCGCCUGCGGGGGGUUCCCUGCUUGGCCCUCACGGCAACAGCGCCCAAGAACGUACAGGAGGACAUUGUUCAGUCCCUGGGGCUGCGCUCGCCGCAGACCUUCGUGACACCCGUGUUCCGCAGCAACCUGCACUACGACGUGAUCUUCAGGGAGCUGCUGCCGAACCCUUACGUCCACCUGCACGCCUUCGUUCAGGAGGCGCUGGCGCUGGACAGCGGCUCCAAUCAGCAGGGCUGUGGGAUUGUGUACUGUCGGACCAGGGAAGGCUGUGAAACAGUGGCUCACCAGCUGACCAAGCUCGGAGUCUUGGCCAAACCGUACCAUGCAGGCCUGAGAGCAGGAGAUCGCACAGAGGUCCAGAAUGAGUGGAUGCAAGGGAAGGUGCUGGUCAUCGUAGCCACCAUCAGCUUCGGGAUGGGAGUCGACAAGGCGAAUGUCAGGUUUGUAGCUCACUGGAAUUUCGCCAAGUCGCUGGCGAGUUACUACCAAGAGUCUGGGCGAGCUGGGAGGGACGGGCUUCCCUCCUCCUGUCGCACGUACUACUCCCCGAGAGACAAGGAGCAAUUGAACUUCCUCAUCCGGAAGGAGGUGGCCCGCAGACAGGAGAAACGAGGGUGUGCAAAGGAGACGGACAAAUCGGCCAUCACGGACUUUGAUGCCAUGGUGUCGUUCUGUGCUCAAGAAGCCUGUCGCCACGCCACCAUCUCCAAGUUCUUCGGGGACAAGACGCCGGACUGCGCCGGCUCCUGCGACUUCUGCCGCGACCCCAAAGCCGUGCGCGCCCAGCUGGAGAAGGCGGCCGUGCUCAGCACCACGACCGCAGCGCAGGGCGCGGGGGCCGCGGGGCCCUUCGGCUUCCAGCGAGGCCUCUACGAAGGGGGGAGGAAGGGCUACGGCUUCGAAAGGUUCGACGAGGGGGACGCCGGUAGCGGCGAGGAGGACGGCUCGCUGAGGAAGAAGGAGUUUUCAGACCUCUUCAAGCAGCAGAUGAACAUGCGGAAGGUGGUGACGGAUCGUCAGAGGGAAGCCUUUGUUCCCCCGGACGCCGACUGCCCGCUCAGAGAGGCCGGCAGCCAGAGGAUCCCCAAACUCACCGUGAAGGCCCGAGAACACUGCCUGUGCCUCUUGAAGGAGGCUUUAUAUGGCCACCAGAGGUCAGAAGACGCAUUCAGCGACAGUCUGUCGGCGGCCGUCGACGCCGAACACGAGGUCUUCAAGAGCUCCAAGUCCUCCAACUUGUACAAAGCUGCGGUCCUGAAGAAGGUCUCGCAGAUUAAGAAGUCGUCGUCUGGAGGACAAGGACAAGGUGUCCAGUCUGACGGCGGCAGUGAAAACGGCUCCAAAAUCAAAGAGGAAGAGCCCCUGUCCUCUUCGUCCUCCUUCUCUGAGGAGCUGCGGGGGUUCACAUCUGCAUCCGAGAUCUACUCCAUGAAGCGUAAGCGAGUCGGAGCCGGUCUGAGAGGAUCCUCCGACCCCUUCCUGACCGCCAGGGAGCUGCUGAAGCUCCCCGGCGACGGCUCAGCAGGCUCCGGAGAGACCGGCGCCGAGGCGCCUUCGGCUGUGACGUCGUCCGUGGGGACCAGAGCGAACGCCGCCGCCGCCGCCGCCGUCGUCUCCCUGAGCAGCCCGCCGAAGGCCGGCAGAGCCGCCAGCAGGAAGCAGCAGAAACUAGCGGAAGCGGCCAAGAGCUCCCGCGACAUCUCCCAGUAUUUCGCGAAGAAAGAUAAGACGGAGAAAAGCCGCGAGGAGGCGGAGCCGCAGAAGGCGCCGGACGCAACGUCGCCCGCGGACGUCGCUCUCGAUGAAAACGAGGAAGCCGUGGAAGACGCGGAGACGAGUCGAGUGGUGGACGGGAUCCAAGAAGGAAGUAAGAGGGAAGUCAUAGUUCUACGCGAUGAGGAGGGCGAUGAAGGGGACGCGCACGAAACGGAGACGUCGUCGCGGCUUCGGGAGGCGGCUCCUGAGGAGGACAUCCAGGCCGCCGCAGAGACAAAGAAAGCAGAAGAAGAAGCGAGACCGUCUCUAAGAGGAGAGUGGACAGAGGGCGCGAAAGCCGAGCGGCGCUCGUCUCCUCCGGCCAAGCGCCGCCGCCCCGCCGACCGGAGGGUGACCUUCAACCCCACCGUGCAGCAGAGGGCCCCGCUGCACGCCGCCGAGCCCCCCGCGCCCGCCACGCUGAGGGAGGCGGCCGACAUCGUGGUCCGCUGCCUGGACCCCUUCUACACCGAGGGCAAGUUCGCCACCAAGGAGCUGUUCAAGUCGUUCGCCCGCCACUUAUCUCACCUGCUCGCGGAGGGGCGGAGUCAGGGGAAGGGCCAAGUUAAAGCAGAGGCCAAAGCGCUCAUCAAGACGUUCUUCAGCGGCGUGGAGCGCUGCGAGAGCGAGGCCGACUGGAAGCACCUCAAAAGCCCGCAAAGCUGCAAAACCUCGGAGAUCCACAAGGAAUGAAGAUGAGGUUGGAACGUCCUCGACGUCUCCGCCGUCCGUCAGGGGCCGAGCUUUUCUCUGGCUCCGGGGAUCUCAGGCUGCCGGACAGCUCGAUGGUGGAUCUGCUGCUGGAGUUCUGCUUUUCUCAGGCUCGUUGCUGCUGCUGCUGCAGGUCAUGUCGAUAAUAAAGUAAUAACACGUGAUCUGUCUCAGUUCGAGGGAGCAAAGGUACAUCUGUGUGCGUACCAGUGGGAUCAGGGUUGUGCGUAUGUUUUUUUUUUUUUUUUUAUUCGUUCGCAACGCGCACUUUACUCUUUAGUGAAACGUUUUCUCUGCAGGUCGAUCUUUAUACAGAGCGGAAACGGAUGGAAGCAAAGGCCUAAAUAAACGGGUCUAAAGCCGCGCUCGCAGCUCCGUGGCUAUUUGCUAAUUAGCACCGAACGCAAAGUACAGCUGAAACGGACGGGGGAUCGUUAAUAGGUUUCGUCCCCAUGGAAACCAUCCAGUGUGAGCAAAUGGCCGACACGCACGCCAACGGACCUUUUCAUCCACAAAUGUCAGCAAACGCGCCGUGGAAGCGGUUUGCUGAAACGUACACCAACGCCGGUUGGUGGUGUUCCGUCUUUGGCUGCUCGGGGGCCAAACAAAGGAAAUGUACAACAAUGAGAUGCUGUUUGAAGUGAAACUGUCCGGUUUGUGGGUUUUUUUUCCACCGUAAAGAUUAGCUAGAUUCAUUUUUAUGUUCACGUUCCGUGUCUUGGCAAAGGGAGAUGUUCUCUGCUCCUAAACGUCUACAGUGAAUAAACUACGCCGCACUCAACACAA